AUGGCCGAGCACGCAGUCGACCGCGAGGCCGCGGGCAUGACGGCGGAGAGAGGGCCCGGCCCCGCGCGCGGCGGGCCGCGCCACGCCGGCCGCCCGCGGGACGCCUCGCGGGGCCUCGGGGAACAGCGCGUGGAAAAGACGGGGGCCUCGCGUGGCCGCGUCCGGGCCAUCACGCGCGUGACGCCCGGCCCUAUCGCCGCCGCGCGGGAGAGGGAGAGGCUCGCCCAGGAGCGCGCGGCACGAGUUGGCGACGCGCUAGUUCGAGUGCCCCAGAGGCUUGACUGGCACUCGCAUGUUCUACUCGAGGCUUUGGCGUUCCGCCAGCGGCUCCCCGUCCGGAGAGCUGGAUGGGCCAUAGUUCAGCUGAAUGCCCAGGUUGUUCCUGUCCGACUUGUUUUUGGAUCGCUGGAGAGGGCCGUCCAGAAGGUAGGGCCAGGGGUGGCUCCGCUCCGUACCUGCGGGACGAGAGCUAGGCAUUUGAAGGCUGAGGCCCUGGCGAAGGCAGACCACGCGACCAAGCCCUUGUGGACGCUGGUUUUGUGCAAAGGGCCAUCUUCUGUACCCUCGACCCGUGACAAGCACUUGCGAACGAUUGCCAAGGCCACCAAGGGCCUACAUCCGACCACAGGCAAAGCUCUGUCCAUGGUCGAAGGCGAGGGCGCGGCUCCCUGGGAGCAGGACGAGGGGGCCUACCACUCGUCCCGCCCCCGCCGCCCAGAGCCGCGGCGUCCCUGGGGCGAACCUCGCAGCCCUCCGCGCGGGCGGAGAGAUGGCUGGAGGGGCGGCAAAGGCCACCGGAAAGGAGGAGGCCCGAGGACGGAAGGCCGCAAGGCGAGCAAGAAGGAGCGGGAUCGGAACAGGCGCGAGAGAGGCAGCGACUGGAAGGGCGGAGGCGAUUGGGGGAGCAAGCGAAGAAAGUCUGGCGGCGGCGACUACCGAGGCAAGAAAGGAGGCGGCAAAGGCGGAAAGCGCGGCGGAAAGCGACGCAGCUGA